AUGUGUUACUACAGAAGCUACUAUGGUGGCCUGGGCUAUGGCUAUGGUGGCCUGGGCUGUGGUGGCCUGGGCUAUGGUGGCUAUGGCUCCCUCUGCUGCCGCCCACUGUGCUGUGGGAGGUACUGGUCCUAUGGUUUCUUCUGA